UUCCCAAGUAGCGAGACCAAAGACCCAUCUGAUUGAAAUAUUUUUUACAAGAAAAUAUCAGUUGGAACUUAAGAAGGAACAAAGAAACCAAAUUUACAACAUUAAACAAUCAGGAUGGUUCCUAGGGCACCAUCACUGUUCUCUGUUUUCUUGCUAUUUCUUCUGGGAUGUUUCAACCAAACCAACGCCCAGGAAAAUAGACAUUUUUGCAAGGAUACAAUCCAGACUUUGGUAAACACAACGAGAAGAGUCAUAGAAACAGAAAUACUUGAUUUCGAACGAUGUGCUAGAGUGAACGAAGAUCGAAACAUGGAAAUUUUGGAAUACAAGGCCGAAAAAGGUUUCUGCAAAAUUAGAUGGAACCACAUUGUUCAAAAACCAAGCAGAGAACUUCGCAAUAUCACAGUUGAUGUGUGUUGCAAAGGUUGGUCCGGAGAAAACUGCGACCAAGCUGUUUGCAGCCGGCCUUGUCAACAUGGCAGCAAAUGUAUUGGUGACAACAAAUGUGACUGCUCUAAUACUGGAUACCAAGGAGACGAUUGCUCUGAGGCUAUUUGUGUUAGGCCUUGUCGGAAUGGAGGUCGUUGCAUCGAACCGAAUGUAUGCCAGUGUUCCAAAGAAUACAGUGGAAAAUAUUGUGAAAUUCCUGUCUGUGAACCUCCCUGUGUACAUGGUUAUUGCAUUGAACCAAACAAAUGCAAAUGCUUCCAAAGUUAUACUGGACCAACAUGUGCUGAAGAGGAUUGCGGUGGAGAAUGUAUGAAUGGAGGCAGUUGUAAUCAAUAUGGCCAAUGUACUUGUCGGUAUGGUUUUACAGGAGAAUUUUGUCAACGCCCUGUCUGUGAUGUGCCAUGUUUAAAUGGUGGUACAUGUUUCGCACCAAACCAUUGUACUUGCCCACCUGGUUUCACUGGAGCUACCUGUGCUAUCAAUAACAUAAUGUUGCAAAACCAAACAACAAAAUCAAAGCCUGGUGAAUGUAAUGGAAAGCAUCUGACUUUUGAUGCAAAGGCUCAAGAGCCAACACACACAAGAGCAAUGUUAGAGAACACGCAAAUGGAUCAAGCAUUUCAUUAA